ACAUAUACACAAUACAUAAGGUGGGAAUUGGUGUCUCUUUAGUUUGGAGAGAUAUUAUCAUUCUUCUGAGUUAUGGAGAAGAUAGGGUGGAAGACUUGGAUUUUGCUUGGUCUUAUUGUUCAGUUAUUCUUACUUGGUGUAUCCUCUAGGGAGAUUCCAUUAAGUACUCCACGGAGCAGCAACAACCGAGAACUAAAGUCACUUCCUCCACUUCGUUUGUACAGAUGGGAUAAUUAUGUCCAAAUGAAUAAUGGCCUCGUUAGUGUCACUUUGUCGAUUCCGGAGGGUAGUGUGACAGAUAUAGAGUAUGAUCAAAUUAGUUUACUAGAAAAUAACAAAGAAACAGACAGAGGGUAUUGGGAUAUAAUUUGGACAACGAAUGAAGGUCAACAUUUAGACGAGCUACUAGGGACAAGUUAUGAGGUUGUAAGAGAAGAUGAAAAUCAAAUAGAGAUUUCAUUCCUGAGCACAUGGAAUGCUUCCCUUGGCGAUGUUGGACGUCCCCUAAAUGUAGACAAAAGGUUUAUAAUGUUGCGUGGCUCUUCCGGUUUCUACACAUAUGCAAUAUUCGAGCGCUUAGAGGGAUGGCCUAGUAUGCAUAUUGAUGAGUGUAGGGUUGCUUUCAAGCUUCGAAACGAAAAGUUUAAUUACAUGGCUGUAUCGGAUACAAGGCAAAAGUUCAUGGCAAGACCCAAUGAUCGAAAAACUGGUCAGCAACUUGACUAUAAGGAGGCUGUUCUAUUGACACAUCCAUCCAAUAAAGACCUCAAAGGACAGGUCGAUGACAAGUACCAAUACUCAGUUGAUAUCAAAGACAACCGGUUGCAUGGGUGGAUAUCCUUUGACCCUGCUGUUGGAUUUUGGGUUAUUACACCAAGCAAUGAGUUUCGUGUAGGUGGGCCUCUCAAGCAAGAGCUUAGUUCCCACUGUGGCCCAACAAGCUUAGCAAUGUUCUUUAGUAGCCAUUAUACUGGGACUUUGAGUGCAAAAUUUGAGGAAGGAGAGCCGUGGAAGAAAGUUUUUGGCCCGGUUUUUAUCUAUCUUAACAAGGCUUCAGCUGAUAAAGAUCCACGUACACUUUGGAAUGAUGCUAAACAACAGAUGUCGAAAGAAACUAAAAGUUGGCCAUACGAUUUCCCGCUUUCAAAAGACUUUCCUCACGCCAAUGAACGGGGCAUAGUUAAUGGUCGACUACUAGUCCGUGACAGGUACAUAAAUAAAGAACUUAUUAAUGCAAGUUCUGCUUUUGUGGGGUUGGCUAAACCAGGAGAAGCGAGAUCAUGGCAAAGUGAAACCAAGGGUUAUCAAUUUUGGGUCCAAGCGAAUGCUGAGGGAAACUUUGUGAUUAAGAAUGUCCGACCUGGGAACUAUAGCUUGUAUGCAUGGGUCCCUGGUAUUAUUGGGGAUUACAAAUAUGAUAUUCAAAUUAAUGUCAACCCAGGAACUGAAAUCAACCUAGGUGAUAUUGUAUAUGAUGCUCCUAGGAGUGGCCCUACUCUGUGGGAAAUAGGCAUUCCCGAUCGUACUGCUGCUGAAUUCUACGUGCCAGACCCAAGUCCAAAACGCAUUACCCAUUUACUCAAAAAUGGUGAUGACAAUGAAGAGAAGUUUAGGCAAUAUGGAUUAUGGAAUCAGUAUUCGGUUCUUUAUCCAGACCAAGAUCUCAUCUACACCAUAGGGAAUAGCUCUUAUGAAAAAGAUUGGUUUUUUGCUCAUGUUACCAGGAGUCAAAAUAAUACAUUUGUCGGGACCACGUGGAGAAUUUCAUUCGAUUUGGAAUAUGUGAGGGCAGGAACUUACACACUUCAACUGGCAUUGGCAUCAUCUAGUUAUGCUGAAUUACAAGUACGGAUCAACAACCCAUAUAGAGUACGACCUUACUUCACAACAAGGCGAAUAGGAAGGGACAAUGCCAUUGCGAGGCAUGGGAUUCAUGGAUUAUACUCAUUGUACAAUGUCAACAUACCUAGCCAUCUUCUUGCAACUGGAAGCAAUAUAAUCUAUUUGACACAGUCAAGAGGAGGAAGCCCUUUCACAGGACUCAUGUACGACUACAUUCGCUUAGAAGGCCCUCCCGAAACAAGUUAAAUCUUGGGUAGAUUGCACAUGCAUAUUAAUUAGAUUCAUUUUUUUUUUUGUCUUCAAAAGAAAUAGUAAGAUUUAAUUUCAUUUGUUCAUAAACAAUAAGUGUUAUUCAUUUAUGAGCUUUGUUCGAUUUAGUUAGUUUAUAUUUUAAAAUUAUUUAGUUUAAACAUUACAAUUUGUCUUGGUAUAAAGCUUGGAGAUGUCAAAUAUAGUUUGCU